AUGUUAAGAUAUCUAGUUAUCGGGUCAAUCAUUUCAGUAUUAGGGCUUGUCUAAUGCCACUCUCACUAUAAUGACGAAAUUUCUCAUUAAAAUUUGAUAAGCUCAACAGUAUAAUCAGCCUAAUCUGGGCAUUCUGAUGUUGCAUAAUUGCCAGCUUACGCAGUUUGUCAUAUGCAAUCUCAUUCAAAUUAAUAUGUAACUAAGGGUACUGUCAGGUUUACACAGAAGCAUUUGGUCGGUGUUGAAAUCUCUGGAACAAUUGAAGGUCUUACACCAAACUCAGAACAUGCAUUCCAUAUUCACGAAUUAGGAGAUUUAACUGACGGCUGCACCUCACUAGCAUCUCAUUACAAUCCAUUUGGCGAGAGCCAUGGAGGUCCUGAUUCAUGUCACAGACAUAUAGGUGAUCUAGGAAAUCUAAAAGCAGAUGCUAAAGGAGUUGCUAAUUUUAAUUUUACUGACUUAAAAAUAUCUGUUGUUGGUCCUCUUACCAUUCUUGGCAGAUCAUGUGUGGUUCACUUAUUCGCUGAUGAUUUAGGUCAUGGUGGUACAGAAGAUUCUCUGAAAACUGGUAGCGCUGGUCCAAGGAUUGGUUGUGGAGUUGUUGGGAGAGCAAACGCUUUAGCUUGA